UGAAAAGAUGUCUGCGCCCAUGUUUCAAAAUGCGAUAAAAAAAAACAAAGUUAUCUUUAUCGUGUUUAUGAAUUUGCGGUUUAUUUGGGAAGAAAUAACUAGCAUUUAUUCUAACUGAAUAAGAUAGAAAAAUGGAGAAACAAACAGAAAAGCUUGAAAGUUUAAAAGAUUUACAGAAUGUUAAAGACCAGAUAUCUGUUGUUAAAGAGGUAUGUAAAGGAUUAAAAUCCAAUGAAGGGGAGAUAACAAAUGUUUUACAGAAACUUGUUCAGAUUUACAUUACAUUACCUGCCAAACAUCAAGUCAAAAGAGUGUUGAUCAGUGCCUUCCAGAGUUUACCUUCACAGUCCAGUGAUUUUAUUGUCACAGAAUUAAGUAGACAGCUGGAAAGUAUCCACACAGAAUGUCUAGUCUCAAUGGAUCUCAGGACUUACAUAGAUACGGUGGCUGGAUUGAUGGACAAUUUUCCGUUAGGUCAGAAAUGUAUAGACAACCAGUGCUUAGAAAUUCUGCAAAAUGUAUCCUCUAUCCUAUCAAAGUUUCUGGCUGAAAACAGUUCAACACAGUCCUCAGUUAGACAGAAUGAGUUGAUGCAUAGCUGUCUAGCUUGCAUCCAGGCAGGGAACAAAAUUUUACAGAAAAGCCACUCUACACUGUCCAGCAAAGAAUCAGAAGAAACCAGUAGUGUAACAACGUCAUUAAUAAAACACAAUAUUGACAUCUUACACAUAGAUGAGUUUUUGAUGGAUUGUAAAACAACAUGUGCAAUAAAUGUAAUAUUACUGAUCAGGUUGAAAUUUCCUAAGAAUAGUGUAGCAAAGGUUGUGGAGUACAUAUUUCAGGGUGCAAACAAAACUGGUGCUGAUGAUUCAGAUUUUACAAUCUUGUCCAGGGGAGACAACUUAUCUUGUCAGCUGAGUCUACUUUAUGGCAUAAUGUCAAUCAUGGAACUGUCAGAACUUGUAGAAAUGAAUGAUGGGAAAUGUUUGCUAUUAGAUUAUAUAUUUUCAUCCCUGACAAAAAUAUCAGAAAAAGGAUAUCCAAAUUCGAUCAGUAAAUUGUUAACUGUAAAGUGCUACAAUAUGUGGACUUCUAAAACUUGUUCAUGUUUAAAAUCUGAAGUAGUAUCAGAUAAACAGAGGUCAUUGCUAUGUGGUGGAGGUCAGAUUAUAGAGGCCAUCAUGUCAUGUGUUUGGACAGUUUGGGAAGACACUACUGAUGUUAUAAGAAUCAUAGCCAGAGAAAUCUUCGAGAAUGUUCUUAAAAUCCACACCAUGGCCAGCUCAUCAGACAUAAGUACCGACAUCUUCCUACAGAAUCUGACAAAGAAACUCAUCUUCCAUGUCAGCUGGUCAAGCAAAGGCAAAUAUGGGAUGUUAAGUAACCUAGUCCAGAUUAUAGGGACUGACCUUGUUUUACAGCAGACCUCUGAUCUCUCCAGCAUCAUCCUGUCACAGAUGAGUGAACAUGCAUUAGCCUGUCAUGCCAGUGAAUUGUACAUACAGUUGUCUUUUAAACAUCAGAAAGAAAAGCCAGAGAAAUGGAUGUCAAUGUGGAUAGAUCCUAUGCUGAAAGUUCUAGCUCUGGACAACAGACAACAAAUAAACAAUGUUAUAGAGUAUAUUUUGACCAAACUAUUGAAGAAGGAUAAAGAAAUACUGCCAUACAUACUGAAACAACUGUCAACACAAUCUGAUACUUCAAAAAUGUCAUCGCUGGUGACCUGUUUACGUAGAGCUAGAGUGAUGGGUCUUUUAGACAAACAAUUGGAAUCUGAAGACAGUGUCAACAACCUAAUAGAUAUGUCUGUACUACAACAAGCAUUAUGUCAUAUAGAUGAACAGGUUAGACUGGAUGCUUUUGCCUUUAUCUGUGAAAGUAAUAAAACCACAGCAGUGGUCAGUGCUUGGGAGGUGCACCUUAUUAGGACAUUUCUACCAUGGAACUUAAAUAGUCAGUCACCUGGAUUUAGACAACUUCUAGUGUCACAGCUAAAGAAGCUGCUAUAUAGAAUGAAGGAAAGUGAAACCAUGAUGUUACGUCAGAUGAAAAAGAUGAAUAAUACUGCUGAUGGUCAGGGUAUGAAUGAGAGACAGAGUCUAAAACAGUACAAGGAUUUUCUAUCUUGGUUGACCAGACAUUUAUUUAGCUGUUUACAUCCAGGCUCAUCAUUCCCCAGAAAAACAACAUGUCUGACAGCCUUGAACUUAAUGGUGGAUAUAUUUGGUACGCCGUCUGCUGAAGGCUUCUGUGUUUGUAAUGAGAUAGAAGGAAAAGAUUUCAAUGUUUUGAUAGAAUGUCUGACAGAUACAUUUGAAGAUAACAAAGUAGAGGCUUACAAACUUCUUAAACAUCUCUCAUCAUUAGACUUCAUGAAACAGACAUUUGAUUCUGUGGAUGGCUUAUUUGAAACUGCCCUGAAUUUAGCAGGCAGCACUCGUCCCCUAGAUAGUACAACAGCAGCAUACAUGUUCAGAAUCGUACUGCUGCAAGCAGAGUUCCUACCAGUCAUGACAAAGGAAUCUAAGUCAAGGUCAUUCAUUAUGUCCUGUGGGCAGCCAUCUUUCCCAGAAAUUUCUGCCAGCCAAUCAGGAAGAGUUUUACAUCUGUUGACAUGGUUGAUGGAGUAUCUGAGGUAUCAAAUAAAGAUGGCUGAGCAGAGUUUGAUGUCUGCUGCAUGUAGUAAACCAUUAUAUCCAACUUUGCAUAGCAUACGAUACGUCAUCCAAGAUGUCAACUUUAAGUCAAUACUGACAUCAGAUAUUCCAUUUUGGAAAAAAAUUGUAGCAGAACUAAUCAAUGGUUGUCUACAGAUAUCACAGAUUGUCUCCCCUGUUGUACAGAAUUCAUCACCAGAGGGCAACAUUCCUGUAGAAGUUAUGGGCAAUAUCACACAAACAACAGAGGGUCUGAUGCCAGAAUAUUUAACUGUCUGCUGCUGGAGAAGUAUAAAGGAGGUAUCCUUACUACUUGGUCUGUUGUGUACUAAUGUACCAGUAAAGAAUACAGGGGACCAGGACUCUGAUGGUCUAAUGACAUGUAAACAGAUAGAUGAAAUUGGAAGCUAUUUCAAGACUCAACUUCUAGAAUCGAUCCAUAGAGGAGCCUUUGAAUUAGCCUACGCUGGAUUUGUUAAAAUGUGUGAUAUGUUAUGGAGAAGUACCAUACCAGACCUGUACAAGCGUCCAAAGCUAUGGCUGUCACACCUGAUGGGUGAAAUCCAAUCUGUCAGCUCUAAACUAUGUGCUACGAGGAGGAGUGCUGGAGUUCCAUUUUAUGUACAAGCUUUAGUGACCACAGAACCAUUGACCACAGGAAGGCAGUGCUUCAAACAAGCUAUGACUGAUUUACUUAAAUUAGCAUUGACAGAGGAAUCACAUGACUUGUCAGAAUCUAAGGUUCAUUCAUUGAAUAUACUAAGAGCAAUGUACAGAGACACAAGGUUGGGAGAAGAUGUAACACCCUUUAUAUCCGGUGGAUUGCAGGCAGCUAUUCUUGGCUUCAAGUCUAAAUUUUGGGGAAUCUGCAAUUCAUCUACGCUGUUGUUUAGUGCUUUGAUGACAAGAGUUUUUGGUGUGAAACGAAGUAAAGAUGAAAGUAGCAUGUCAAAGAAAAACUGUCAAACUGGAAAAGCCUUUUUCCACAAGUAUCCAGGACUGUACAAUUUUAUCCUAGAUCUGUUAGCUGAAGCCACACAGAAUGUGGAGUGA